GUGGUAAAGAUGAAGCAAAUUGAACACACGCUCUGUGAAAAACACAUUCUAAGUGCAGUAUCCUUUCCUUUUAUCGUCAACCUCAACUACAGUUUCAAAGAUAAUUCAUAUUUGUAUAUGGUACUUGAAUUUGUUUGCGGCGGCGAGAUGUUUUCACAUUUGAGGCAGAGUGGUCGUUUCACGGAGGAGCAGACCAAAUUCUACGCCGGUCAGAUUGUUCUCGUCCUAGAAUAUUUGCAUAACAUUGAUGUUGUUUACAGAGACUUGAAACCAGAAAAUCUACUCAUUGAUAGAGAUGGAUAUCUAAAAGUGACAGAUUUUGGAUUUGCUAAAAUAGUAAAAUCACGAACGUACACUUUAUGCGGCACUCCUGAGUAUCUCGCGCCUGAAAUCAUUCAAAACAAGGGUUAUAACAGGGCAGUUGACUGGUGGGCAUUUGGUGUGCUUCUUUAUGAAAUGAUUUCUGGUUAUCCACCAUUUUUCGGUGAUAACCCUAUUCAAACUUAUGAAAAAAUAGUCGCUGGAAAAGUUAGAUUUUCACCGCAUGUUGCCCUCGAUUUGAAAGAACUUAUCAAACAUUUGUUACAAGUGGAUGUGACGAACAGGUACGGAAAUUUAAAAAACGGUGUGCAGGACAUCAAAGGUCACAAAUGGUUCAAUGACGUCGAUUGGCUUUCUCUAUACGAUAAACGAAUACAAGCCACAUUUUUGCCAGCAUGCAAAGAUGACAGUGACCCGGGUAAUUUUGAUGAUUAUGAUGAAGAGCCUUUAAGAAUAGCUGUCAAUGAAAAACAUGCAUUAGAAUUUGCAGAAUUUUAA